AUGCUGAUCGAAAAUCAUUCCGUCUUUGUGAACCACAAUCACACUGGUUUCGCUGGAUUUAUUGAUCAUAUAUCAUCUCUUAUUCAUAUUAUACCUGAAGAAGCAAUUAAUUUAUUUCUUCAACGUAAGUUACAUGGUGUUGAACCAACAGUUACUUAUGAACCAUUUCAAGUAAUAGAGGCAUUAUUAAGAUCUAAUAGUGGUCAAGUUAUGGAUAAAACUGUUUUUCGUAUAACUUCAUCUGAUCAACCAUCAAAUAUUAAUGAAAAAUAA